GCCGCUGCUCCGCCGGGCGCCGGGCCUCCUCCGCCCGCGCCUACGCCCCAGGAGCUGGAGCCAAGCGGGGAGCCCGGGCCCCGCGCCCAGGCCCGGACCAUGCACGGCCACCGAGCCCCGGGGGGCGCUGGGCCUUCCGAGCCCGAACACCCAACCGCGAACUCCCCCAGCGCCGCGCCACCGGCCUAUGCCGACUCGGACCCUGGAGCCUCGGAGCCUGCACUGCCGGUGCCCAGGGGAUCAGGCUCGGCUCUCGGAAGCCUCUUGGAUCCCCAGUUUGCCGGACCCUCGGACGCCAGUCUGGGCGUCGCUCCAGGCCCCCGGGUCUUGCCCUGCGGCCCCAGUCCACAGCACCACCGGGCCCUGCGCUUCUCCUACCACCUGGAGGGCUCGCAACCCCGGCCUGGUCUCAGCUCAGAUGUCACCUCCUCUGAGAGACCUUCCCUGAUCACUUUAGGGCUGCACCAGGGAAACCGUAUCCUGGUUAAAAGUUUGUCCCUUGACCCUGGCCAGAGCCUUGAGCCUCAUCCAGAAGGUCCCCAGCGACUUCGCUCAGACCCAGGUCCCCCCACUGAAACCCCCAGCCAGCGUCCUUCACCACUGAAGCGGGCACCGGGCCCAAAGCCACAGGUCCCCCCAAAGCCCAGCUACCUGCAGAUGCCCCGGAUGCCCCCACCACCUGAGCCCAUCCCACCCCCGCCAUCACGCCCACUGCCUGCAGACCCCCGAGUAGCCAAAGGCCUGGCCUCCAGGGCAGAGGCCAGCCUCAGUUCUGCAGCAGUAUCCUCACUGAUUGAGAAAUUUGAAAGAGAGCCUGUGAUUGUUGCCUCGGAUAGGCCAGCCCCUGGCCCCAGCCCAGGUCCCGCAGAGCCAGCCAUGUUGCCACAGCCACCCCUGCAGCCACCAGUGCCCCAGCUCCCCGAGGGCGAGGCCUCCCGCUGCCUGUUCCUGCUGGCUCCCGGGCCCCGGGACGGCGAGAAGGUGCCCAAUCGGGACAGCGGUAUUGACAGCAUCAGCUCACCAUCCAACAGCGAGGAGACCUGCUUCAUCAGUGAUGAUGGGCCCCCCAGCCACAGCCUCUGCCCUGGGCUCCCUGCCCUGGCCAGUGUCCCUGUUGCUUUGGCCGACCCCCACCGACCCAGCUCCCAGGAGGUCGAUAGUGACCUGGAGGAGGAGGAUGACGAGGAGGAGGAUGAGAAGGACAGAGAAAUCCCAGUGCCCCCGAUGGAGAGACAAGAGUCUGUGGAGUUGACUGUGCAGCAGAAGGUGUUCCACAUUGCCAAUGAGCUCCUGCAAACCGAGAAAGCCUAUGUUUCCAGGCUCCACCUCCUGGAUCAGGUGUUCUGCGCCCGGCUGCUGGAAGAAGCUCGGAACCGCAGUUCCUUCCCGGCUGACGUCGUCCAUGGCAUCUUCUCUAACAUCUGCUCCAUCUAUUGCUUCCACCAGCAGUUCCUGCUGCCUGAGCUAGAGAAGCGCAUGGAGGAAUGGGACCGCUACCCACGCAUUGGAGACAUCCUGCAGAAGCUGGCACCCUUCCUCAAGAUGUACGGCGAGUAUGUGAAGAACUUUGACCGGGCCGUGGAGCUGGUCAACACCUGGACAGAGCGCUCUACCCAGUUUAAAGUGAUCAUCCAUGAGGUGCAGAAGGAGGAAGCCUGUGGCAACCUGACCUUGCAGCACCACAUGCUGGAGCCUGUGCAGCGCAUCCCCCGUUAUGAGCUGCUUCUCAAGGACUAUCUGUUAAAGCUGCCCCAUGGCUCCCCGGACAGCAAGGAUGCCCAAAAGUCUCUGGAGCUGAUAGCCACAGCAGCAGAGCACUCUAAUGCUGCCAUCCGCAAAAUGGAACGAAUGCACAAGCUGCUGAAGGUAUAUGAGCUGCUAGGGGGUGAGGAAGACAUUGUCAGCCCCACUAAAGAGCUCAUAAAAGAAGGCCACAUCCUUAAGCUGUCAGCAAAGAAUGGGACCACUCAAGACCGAUACCUCAUACUAUUCAACGACCGCCUCCUUUACUGUGUGCCCAGGCUGCGGCUCCUUGGCCAGAAGUUUAGCGUGCGGGCACGCAUCGAUGUAGAUGGCAUGGAGCUAAAGGAAAGCUCCAACCUCAAUCUGCCUCGGACCUUCCUGGUGUCAGGAAAGCAGCGCUCCCUGGAGCUCCAGGCUAGGACUGAGGAGGAGAAGAAAGACUGGGUCCAGGCCAUCAACUCUACCCUCCUGAAGCAUGAACAGACGCUGGAGACCUUCAAACUGUUGAACUCCACAAACAGGGAAGAUGAAGACACACCCCCCAACUCUCCGAAUGUGGAUCUUGGGAAGCGGGCACCUACGCCCAUCCGGGAAAAGGAAGUCACCAUGUGCAUGCGCUGCCAGGAGCCCUUCAAUUCCAUCACCAAACGCAGGCACCACUGCAAGGCCUGCGGGCAUGUGGUUUGUGGGAAGUGCUCUGAGUUCCGGGCCCGCCUUGUCUAUGACAACAACCGCUCCAACCGUGUGUGCACUGACUGCUACGUGGCCUUGCAUGGGGUGCCCGGGAGCAGCCCAGCCUGCAGCCAGCAUACCCCCCAGCGCCGGAGGUCCAUCCUGGAGAAACAGGCCUCAGUGGCUGCGGAGAACAGCGUCAUCUGCAGCUUCCUGCACUACAUGGAGAAGGGCGGGAAAGGCUGGCACAAGGCCUGGUUUGUGGUCCCUGAGAACGAACCCUUGGUGCUGUACAUCUACGGAGCCCCUCAGGAUGUGAAAGCCCAGCGCAGCCUGCCCCUCAUUGGCUUUGAGGUGGGGCCUCCUGAGGCUGGGGAACGGCCUGACAGACGGCAUGUCUUCAAGAUCACCCAGAGCCACCUGAGCUGGUACUUCAGUCCUGAGACAGAGGAGCUGCAGCGGCGCUGGAUGGCUGUGCUUGGCCGGGCAGGCCGUGGGGACACGUUCUGCCCAGGGCCCACACUGUCUGAGGACAGAGAGAUGGAGGAGGCACCAGUGGCAGCUUCAGGAGCCACGGCAGAACCCUCUGAAGCCCCCCAGACCCGAGACAAGACCUAGAGGGUUUGUGGGUAACUGGGGCCCCCUGCCCCACACUCUAGCUGCCCAUGUCCAAUUGAGGGCCCCAGCCCGCUCUCUCCCAGCUCAGUCAAUACUUGAACUCCCAUCAUGGGCACUUUCAAUCCUGAAUGCUGGGUCUUGGGUUUUUUAAUUCAUCUUUUCACAAAACCUGGGCUUUUAAAACAAAUAUUCCUACAGUGAUGUUAAAUUUUUUAAACCCUGUCCUCCAGGGAGGGUGGGAGCUGUUGCUAGACCUGCCUGAAUUAGGCCAUUUCCCCCUAACCCCUCAAUACCCUACAGCUCCUGCCUCCACCCAAUUCCCCCCAAAGCACCAGAGGCAGGAGAUCUGGAUUCAAGUGCCAGCUCUGCCACUGACCCCAUGGUCCUGGCCCACCCCUGCCCCCUCAACCAGUGUCUUCACAUGUAUGAUGCUACAUGGGGUGGUGACCUCCUGCCUCUCCCACGGCUUACAGCUUCUACCUGGCCCCAGGCUACCCAGUAUUUUAUCGUCCAGACCCAUGGCAGGGCCACCGGGCAGGACAGGGGAA